AUGGCAGACGAAAAAGAUCGCAACUUCAGGAUUUAUUUCUACAAUAAAUUCGGGGUGUCUGCCGUGGAGGAGAAGAAACACAUCGAAUCUCUUUUGAAAGAGGAACGGGUGGAUGUCGAGAAGCUAAAGUUCUUUUUGCUGAGAUUUCCGCUACCUUCUGUAUACAGGCUGGAUGUAUGGAAAGUUUUGCUGGGUGUUUGGCCUGCUGAAAGGUCACUCCAUGAAUUUGCUCAGGAUGCCCGGAAGCAGACAUACACUAACUUGUAUGAUGCUCUGAAAGUAAUGGAGCGGGUGGACGACUCAACACCUUUACCUGAGCACACCUUUCUUUUUCUCUCUCUUUUUCUCUCUUUUUCUCUCUCUUUUUUUCUCUCUCUUUUUCUCUCUCUUUCUUUUUCUCUCUCUCUUUCUUUUUCUCUCUCUCUUUCUUUUUCUCUCUUUCUUUCUUUUUCUCUCUCUCUCUUUCUUUUUCUCUCUCUCCCUCAAAAAAAUAUGAUUCCACUGCAGAAUCGAACAUUCUGUGCCAUGUCAUCUGCUGUGAUAAGUUUGACUGAUGACCCAGUGGACCAAUUCUGGGUAACCUCUCAGUUUCAUCGUUAUAUUCAGAAAUACUCGGAUCAGCUGGUUUUAUUGCCGGAAAAAGUUGUUGACUAUCUGAAGAAAGAAGACAUUAAAUUAUGUGAGCAUUUGCAGCAGCAAAAUAUUCUGUCAGCCAUUCCACUUACAGAAUGGUUCCAAUCUUGUUUUGCUGGAGUUUUACCUGUUUCAUCUUUUGAGAGGUAA